AGGGGCCGCCACCUUCCGUAAACAAAUGGCAGCGCAGGUUUAAAUGCCCACAAGCGUUCGAAUAUUGUGGUUCUAAUACAUGAUCGGCAGAAACAUGAUCGAAACCGGCUCAGCCAACGCAAUGCCUAUCAUCCAGGCGAGAUGCGUGGAAGAUGUAUCCUGCUGCAUAGUGCGUGAAUAUUUGUCCCGCAAGGGACUGAAGGAUACGCUGGCGAAUAUGGACAAGGAGUUCCCUCGGAACGAAGGUUGCUUUACUGCCAGGGACCAGCUGAUCAGAGCUGUUUUUAUGGAACGCCUCGUUAGAGACAACAAGGCGAGAGAUUCACCUUUCCGUGCACUGCUUGAGAUGUUGAUCUACGAGAGACUGCAGAAAAAGAGCGUCAAGUCCAAGCAGGAUUCGAAAGUGAACCUGGUGCCCAGUUCGGGCGACAGUGCGAGGCAUGUUGAGAUGAACAUCAGGAACAAUAACACCUACAUGCCCGUGGCAUCGAAGGAAACAAAGUCGGAGAGCAGCGACUCCCUGAGUUCGCUCGAAGGAGCCCUUCCCGUAAGAACCGUUGCUGACACGGACCGUCCUCAGUCGGCGCGGGGCAGGCGUGAGCCCGGGGGCUUCAUAGUGCGCCGUACAGCGAAGAACGACAUCGAAUCCGUCCACCGUCUCAUCUCCAAGUCGCAACAAUACCGCGGCCCCACGAGGGUCACCAACUCUACGAUCCAGCGGAUGGAAGAGGCGCUGAAGCUUGAGCAGGGUGUUGAAGAUGGCGAAGGGGAUCGCAUCGACGCGGACCACUUGCUUGGAAAGCUCGGAGGCAAUUUUGCGGGCAGCAGCUCCCACGUGAUCACAAGAUCAACCCUCCAGAGUGCUAUGUCAGCGCGAAGCGCCGAACGGAAGCUGGCUUCUAGAGGACUGCACAGCGGGGAAGCACCAACCACACCUGCACAUUCGUUGCAUUCCUCAAGGAGCUCAGCAUUUCCUAACCUGCAACCGGAAAUGCUGACAGAUGUUGCUGUGCCACCACAAUCUCAACAGCCCAACUGCAAGCCCAGCUCCCCAACUUCGCCAAGGACAUUUCUUCGGAGCCAGAGUGCGCCACGGCUGGAGUCGACGAGAAGAAAGUCUAACUCCGUGGUGGCCACUGGGAGUCCAAAGAGUCGGGCGAGCAGAGACGGCACCGGCGAGACCUCUCCAAAGUUUUACGCAAGGGCAAACAAUGACAUUGAAGUGAGCGACGUCACAGACCAGGACGUGUACAUUGACCCACUCGUGAUCACUGCACAGCAAGCCACCUUCAGGCCGAUAACCCGACAGGAAGCCACCGAACUCAAGGAAUUGCUAUUCGGAACGCGAAAUGGAAAAUUUGGAGAGGAGUGGGCAUCACAAGGGUUCACUUUCACAAAGUCAAAUGCCGUCCCGUACGGCCUGCUGCAAAAACAGGGAGGACCAUGUGGUGUGCUUGCUGCAGUACAAGCAUACAUGAUCAAAGAGCUGCUGUGGCCGGAAGGGGGACUGCAGGAUGCCGAUCCAAGUGGUUUUCAAGUCGACGUGCCACGAAGAAAUGCUGCUCUGGCCAGGGCACUUGCAUUCAUCCUCUGGCAAGCAGGAGACUCAAACAAGGCUAUUGUGGCAAACCCCACUGGAGUCAACAUAGCUCAAACUGGUGGCAUUUUGGCUAGCGAUGGCAUCAUAGAAACUCUGACGCUAUCAACGUUCACGUCAAAGGCAGCACUGCAGGAAUACUACAGUUCUUGUAUAUUUAAAUUGCAAGAGGAGAAUUGUUCGAGCUGCGUUGCUUUCUUGAUAUCCGUCCUAAUUACGCAUGGCCUGGAAAGGAUUCGUGAAGAAAUGGACGAAAGAAACAGCUCGCUUAUCGGGAAACAUAGCCAUUGUAACCAGGUUGGCUCAUACUACAAGGAUCCCAAGUACCCAAUCUGGAUCGUGCUGAGUGAGAGCCACUUUUCAGUGCUCUUUUCAAAGUCAUUCAUAGCCCUUGCGCCUGAAGACGAAAAAUUUGACCUUUUCUACUACGACGGUCUGAACAAGCAGGAGGAGGAAGUACGGCUGACAAUCGAUCCAACGGCAGGCAUUAGCAAUGAGGACGUCGUGAUGACACCCCCUCUGGAGCUUUGCAUCAGGACAAGGUGGCAAGGUGCAUCGGUGUCGUGGAACAACGCCGAACCAUUGCCAUGAGCCAUUGCCCACUUGGAAAAUUCAUUCCACCUCGUGCAGUAGAUGCAUGUGUUUCAUUUCUCUCCCUUUAUUUUACUUAUAUAGAAACAGAAAACCAAAAUUUGGAGCUUUAAUAAUAAAUAUGCUUGUCAUGUAUAGUUAGCUAAAUCUUAUUACAAGGAUACAUACCAAGUGGUUUCGAGAUAGUAUGUAUCGCUAUCGAGAUAGUAUCGUAUAUAGAGAUACUAGUAUGUAUUGGUCUAGUCAGAAUGUAGCAUCUUUGAUGCUUGCUAUUGUACCUGCUCAAGUUUGGUGUGUAUUUAAGAGGCACACUUGAUGUUGCAUAUGACAUUGCUGUGUAUGAUCUCCCGAGCUGCAUUGUGAAUGCUUUCCUUUUUUUUCUAUCGUACAUGUUUUACAAGUGUAGAGACGUAUACCAUUCGUUUAUCCUAAGUUUGUGAACAUUGCAGUGUGAAGACAAUAACAAGCUACAGUAGGAUGGGGAAGAAAACAAAAAAGAAAGCUACAGUAGGAUCCCCAUCAAAUGGAAUCUCAAGGGACCGAAAACGUGUUCUAUUUAACAAGAUGUUUGUUUGCUGGGCACAGCACUAUAUGUCAUACACACCUUCUUAACAUUUUUUUUAAGAGAAAACACCAGGAAGUGAAUGAAGUUGCUAUUAUAUAGAAAAACUAAGGAAAAGACAAGGUGCUUUAGCAUAGCAGUCACAAGGUUUAUUCUGCAGUUGAUACUUUCUAUGAAUUAAGCACGCAAUGCUCACUUGCCAGACUGUCACUUUUGAAGCAUGACACUUUUCACUGAAGACAGGCGGUGUGAGAAAAUGUUACUCAGAUUCAUUGUGAUAAAGAAAGGUGCCUGUAUUUAUUGCAUAAUGUGUACAUUCGGUGCUUGAAUUGCUGAUUAUGCUUUCUGAAAUGCUUCUUGCAACAUCUAUCGCUGAAUUUACAUAGAUGCACGAAUUACAUUUCCAAACAAGCAUUGCUUUUUUUACAAAUACAAAACCAAUUGCUUUAGAAGUGUUUCUCUUGGGGAGGGUUUCAGUGCAAACCAUUUCCGUUUACCGAGAUUCUAAUGUAUAUUUUUGCCUCUUUUGAGAGGCAAUACGUUUGAGAAAUCUCAGUCAUGGGAACAACGUAAUAGGCAACGCUUAGAUCUCCUCUGUACUGUGGCAUUGUGAAUUCUUUUCUCUGCAGAGCACAGCCACAGUGCUUCAGAUAGAAGCAUGGUCAUCUGAACAUGCUCUCCUUCUGUGACAGUAAUAUGUUGAGAUCUCUUCAAGGUUGUUGACUUGGGAUGUCAGUCACUAUUGUUAAAGUACACGAGUACCAUUGUAAGACAAUGUAAAUGUGCCGAUGAUAUGAGAGCGCAAGCUGGGCAAAAUAUUGCAGCCAUUACUUAAAUUGUGAUUAGCUGGCCCUUGCGAUUUCUCUCUGAUAAAGCUAGCCAACAUUCCUUUUUUGCAUUUUCUGUUGUCAAUUUCUAUGAGUGUUCAUCUUAAUGUGCGUUUAUAUGCGUACUGUGUACUGAGAUUUUAUUGUGACAGUUCCUGUUUUUCACUUUUCUGUCUCCUUGAUAUAGUGUACUGGCCUUGAGAGUUUUUGUAUUUUAACUAGGGGUGUGCGAAUAUCAAAUUUUUCGAAUACGAAUUGAAUACGAAUAUCCCCCUUCGAAUAUCGAAUCGAAUAUCGAAUAUCAAAGGAAAAAUGCCUCCACAGUAACAAUAUUUUAUUUAACAUGUAGCUAUUUGAAAAAAAAAAAACAGUAACAGCCUGACUGGCAACACAACAUACACUGCUAUCUCCAGAACACAAUGUCCAGGCUAGCACAAUGCACAUCACAAUAGAAGCAAAUAUCACGGCACAAUGAAAGUAAUGACUAGAUGUUAUCAUGAAGAAAUAUGAGUUGCUCCACAUGAUCAGGCAGGAGGCGCUGGUCACUGUCUUUCUUCAGAAGUGGUCCCGCAUAGUGA